GUAAAAGCUAAAAAGUUUGAAAAGAAAAAAAGAAGAAAAGAGUUCGCGAGCCUGUCAAUUGUGUACUAUUAUACAUAAACACGCUCAUGAGCUGUCGUGCACAUUAAACGACGUUUAUUCUCUUCUUAGAGGGAUCAAUUGGUCCGGCCUUGAUGAGAACUGGCGAAGUCUACUUCAACGUUGCCAUGACAUCAAGGUAGUUAUAGAUCGGUCUCCCUCAAAAUGCGUCGCUGCGUAGCAAGAUCACUAGCGGCUAGAGUUGCGUUCGCAGCUCGCAGUCAUCAUGGCGCUUCAUCCUCACCUUCCUCGUCUGUCAUAACACGCCGGCCAUUGACUCGCUCGUUUACUGCCGCCUCUCAGUACCGACAGAACGCAUUUCACUCCCAGUUGGAGGAUUCUGCCUCUUCGGCUAUUCUUUCCUCCUUCAAAACGCCCACUCAAACGCCGCAAACCCUGACGGAGAAGAUAGUGCAAAGAUAUUCGGUCGGCCUUGCGACAGGGAAGAAGGUGAAGGCGGGAGACUAUGUUACUCUCUCUCCUCACCACUGCAUGACACACGACAAUUCUUGGCCUGUUGCUCUGAAAUUCAUGUCUAUUGGUGCCUCUAAGAUCCACGACAACAAGCAGAUCGUCAUGACCCUCGACCACGACGUGCAAAAUAAGAGCGAGUCCAACUUGAAGAAGUACCAACAGAUCGAAAACUUCGCCAAGCAGCACGGCGUCGACUUUUACCCUGCCGGAAGAGGCAUUGGCCACCAAAUCAUGGUCGAGGAGGGUUAUGCCUGGCCCGGCACCGUCACUGUCGCCUCGGAUAGCCACAGCAACAUGUACGGAGGCGUGGGAUGUCUAGGCACUCCGAUGGUUCGAACCGACGCGGCUAGCAUAUGGGCUACUGGAAAGACGUGGUGGCAAAUUCCUCCCAUCGCGAAAGUCACCUUUACCGGAAUCCUACCCCCAGGCGUCACUGGAAAGGAUGUCAUUGUCGCCUUAUGUGGUCUCUUCAAUAACGAUGAUGUCUUAAACCAUGCCAUCGAGUUUACCGGGUCCGAAGAGACCAUGUCCAGUAUUCCGGUUGAUGACCGACUCACCAUCUCUAACAUGACUACCGAAUGGGGUGCUCUGACUGGAUUAUUCCCCAUCGAUUCCGUCUUGAAAACGUGGCUACGAGCGAAAGCGACCGCAUCGGCCGUGCUAGGCGAUGGCGUUGCGCUGAACCAAUUCGCCCACACGAGAAUCGACGACCUAAUCCAAAAUCAAUUAACUGCUGAUCCUGGUGCUACGUACGCCAAAUCCUUAUAUUUGAACUUGUCGACCCUAUCCCCUUUUGUUGCGGGGCCGAAUUCCGUCAAGGUCGCCACCCCUCUUCGUGAUUUAGAGGCUAAGGGUAUAAAACUCGACAAGGCCUACCUAGUCUCUUGCACCAACUCGAGAUCCUCGGAUAUCGCUGCCGCCGCGAGAGUGUUCAAAGAGGCUGCCGCUAACGGGGUUGAACCGAAGAUAGCACCUGGUGUGAAUUUUUACAUCGCUGCCGCGUCUCUUACGGAACAAAAGAUAGCUGAGGAAGCGGGUGACUGGCAAAUCCUCUUGGACGCUGGUGCCAAGCCUCUGCCAUCAGGUUGUGGGCCUUGCAUUGGUCUUGGCACCGGCUUGCUCGAGCCAGGCGAGGUCGGUAUCAGUGCCAGCAAUCGUAAUUUCAAGGGGCGCAUGGGCUCCACAGAAGCCAAGGCUUACCUUGCAAGUCCCGAAGUUGUCGCGGCCAGCGCAUUGCAGGGCAAGAUUGCUGGUCCUGGUUGGUACCAGAAGCCGGAAGGCGUUGAGAAGGUAAUCAUUGGUGAGGGUAAUGGCAACGUUGAGCAGGACAAAGCUAUGAGUAUCGAGGAUGCACUGGAGAAGAUCAUUGCGCAGGCCGAUAGCUUAAUAUCUGGGGCUGAACAAAACGGGUCGAGCAGCGAGGCUUCGGAAUCUACCGAUGGCGAAGAGACGCUUACGGACAUCCUCCCUGGCUUCCCCGAAAAGGUCGAGGGUGAGAUCGUUUUUUGCGAUGCUGACAACAUCAACACCGACGGCAUCUAUCCAGGGAAGUACACAUAUCAGGACAACAUAUCCGUCGAGAAGAUGGCUGAGGUUUGCAUGGAGAAUUACGACAAGAGCUUCCAAGGAAUCGCUCGUGCCGGGGAUAUCCUCGUUUCGGGCUUCAAUUUUGGAUGUGGUAGCUCCCGUGAACAGGCCGCUACCGCCAUUCUUGCUAAGGAGAUCCCUCUUGUUGUUGCGGGCAGUUUUGGCAACAUAUUCAGCCGUAAUAGCAUCAAUAAUGCCUUGAUGGGCGUUGAGGUACCCAAGCUAGUACAGAGAUUGCGUGAGACAUUCCGAGCCAAAGGUGAGGAAGAAAAGGUACUGACAAGGCGUACCGGCUGGAAGUUUCUCUGGGACGUUAGAAGGAGCAAGGUUACUGUCGUCGAGGGCGAGGGUGGCCAGACGUGGAGUCAAAAGGUUGGCGAGCUGCCGCCAAAUGUACAAGAGAUUAUUGCCCGUGGUGGGCUUGAGAAAUGGGUUAAGCACCAGAUCUCUUUGGCAUAGACAUAGAUUUGCCAUUGUAUAUAAAGGGACACGGAAACCAGUAAAAAUAAUUGUCUGCGUAAUUUGAUUAACGCAUGCUCGAUCGUCAUCUGUACCUAUUAAGAUGCCUUCUCAAUUACACUCCGUAAUCCUCA